AUGCCUAUCCCCCUGCUGGCAGAGGGCUUUGGUCGAGGCGUCUCCAACAUCCCAUAUAUCUGGAACGCUGGUCAAGCGGGCGUGGCCAUUGGCAUCGUCGUUCUUUUAAAGUACUAUUUCUCUGGAGCGACAUGUCGGUCAGAGCGAGUGAUGCAUGGGAAGGUGGUGAUAGUGACGGGGGGCACUUCUGGUAUCGGGGCCGAAGUAGUCAAAGAACUCGCGACUCGAGGCGCGCAGAUCAUCCUCCUCACCCACCAUUCUCCAUCAGACCCCUUUCUCGUCGACUACAUUGAAGAUCUACGGACAGUCACGAACAACGAAUUGAUCUAUGCUGAACAAGUCGACUUAUCAUCCCUCCACUCUAUCCGUGUAUUUGCUACGAAAUGGGUGGAUAAUGCGCCCCCUAGAAGACUGGACAUGAUUAUUUUGUGUGCAAACAUCAUGACACCGUUCUUUGGGAAGGGCCAAAAGACCGUGGAUGGCGUUGAGGCAGAGUGGGCCAUAAAUUACCUGAGCACUUUCCAUCUCCUAAGUAUCCUCUCGCCUGCAAUCAGGGCACAACCUCCGGAUCGAGACGUGCGAGUUCUCUUCAGUACAUGCAACAGCUACAUUGGUGGCAAGUUGGAGUUGAAAGACACCGAGACGGCCGCCAAAUCUGGAAGUGCAUCUUAUGCCAGGAGCAAAUUGGCACUCAUGACAUUUGCAUACGGUUUCCAGAAGCAUCUGGACGCCUACAAACGACCGGACAAACAACCCAACAAUGCUCGGGCACUUAUCGUUGAUCCAGGACUCUCCCGCACCCCAGGAACCCGACGUUGGCUUUCUGGCGGCUCCUUAUGGGGACUCUUAUUCUACCUGUUAACCUGGCCUGUCUGGUGGUUAGUUCUCAAGUCGCCCAUUCAAGGGGCUCAAAGCUAUCUGAUGGCAGCGAUGGAAGCCGAAUAUGCAAGGGCUGCGGGAGGCAGGUUGAUCAAAGAAUGCAGAGAAUAUGAACCUCUCCGUGCUGAAGUACAGAAUGAAGAGGUCGCCAAGAAGUUGUGGGAGUUUAGCGAGAAGCAGAUUGAGCAACUGGAGAAAGAAGGUGCUGUCAAGCGUGCGCUGGCGAAAAAGGAGGCAGAGAAGAAGGAAAAGAACAAAGACAGCAACGAACAGGCUGGAGGCGAGAAGAAAGCUACGCCGGGCUCGAGAAGGAGUCGUAAAGCGAAAUAA